AUGUCGUCCAAUGCUGGUCAGACUCCAGGCUCUUCGAAAGCACUGAAUACCUCGAAUCAAUCCGCAUCCGCAACGUUUCACUCGGCCCCUUCGGUUGACAGCGGCUCGCAGCGACGGGCGGGAGGCUCGGGCAGUUUUGGAGCAGGAUUAGCAUCACGGAAUUCGAGUUCUCCGAGAAACAAUCAGUCUCGGAGGAAUAGACACAAGCAAGCGCGUCCUCGGUUACUGGAUGAUGACGAUUAUAACGAAUCCGCCAUCAUGAGAUCAACCACCAGCCGUAAAGGACAAACGUCCAUCACGCAUCUUAUGAACUUCUCUCUCCCUCCGCGCCCGCAGUAUCAACCCCCACCCCGCAACCCCCGCCGGUAUGCGUCAUGGGGUCUGGGGUCCGGAUAUCAUGCCAUGGACAAGGCUCGAUAUGUUCAUGCCAAUUACCGGUUUAUCGUAACGCCCAAUCGAAGUUACCAAGCCCAGGCGGCCAAUGCGGAUGUUCAUCUGGACUGGAAUUCCGUGCUUCAAGUCCUGGUGUCGGCCGAAACUCAAUCGGCCAGCUGUCCCAUCUGUUUAUCGACACCAGUGGCCCCUCGAAUGGCCCGAUGUGGUCAUAUAUUCUGUCUCCCGUGCCUGAUACGCUACAUGCACUCGGCCGAUGACGAGGGCCAUGUUCCCGAGAAGAAAGCGCGAUGGAAAAAAUGCCCCAUCUGCUGGGACUCGAUCUACAUCUCGGAGACUCGGCCCGUGCGAUGGUUCCGCGGUCAGGAGGGCGACUUGCCCGUCGAGGGUGGAGAUGUGGUGUUACGACUGGUCAAGAGGGAACCGGGUAGCACGUUGGCUCUCCCUCGAGACGGCGCCGAGGGUCUUGGACCCGAAGAGGAUAUUCCGUGGUAUCACGCUGCGGAAGUCGCCGACUACGCCCGCAUCAUGAAAGGCGGCGAGGACUACAUGAACGCCCAGUACGACGUGGAGAUCGAAGAACUCCGUCGGCAGGAGCUGGAGGAUGAGCUUCUAUUCGGUGACGAGACCACUUGGACCCGAAAGGCCGUGGGCGCAAUCAAUGAGGCCAAGACGAGGCUCCAGGGGAUUGGCAACCCACCCGAGAUUUCACACCAAUCCCCCGUCGCGAGGCAGGCCAAAGAGCCCGUUCCGAUUCAGCCUCCGCCCGACGAAGUUGCGAUAAUGUAUACAUCCCAGCAUGCGACUAAAUCGGGGAAGAGCACGCCGGCUACUUCAGGCGAAACGGACAACGUCACGCAAGCCAUGGGCCAGGUCGACCUCAGCGCGGCCCCUGAGACCAAGUCUAAACAGAGAGACCCGGGGGUUGGCCGAAGCCGACAACCCAACGGCUCCCAAGCCUCCGACCACCCGUUCUACUUCUAUGAGGCCCUGCCUCAGUUCUACCUCUCUCCUCUAGACAUUCGCAUACUCAAGGCGGCUUUUGGCGACUAUUCCGUGUUCCCUGCCACGAUCCUUCCUCGGGUCGAGCAUAUCUCCACCGGACAUAUCGUCGACGAUGAGCUUCGCAAACGGGUGAAAUACCUGGGCCAUCUGCCCCAGGGCUGCGAGGUGAACUUCCUGGAAUGCGAUUGGAGAGACGUGGUUGUUCCGGAGAUUCUCGACCAAUUCGGCGCCGAAACUGGCCGGCGACGAAAGCGGAACCAGGAUAAAGAGAUCCGCGAGGAGAAGGACCGAAUCCGUGCCGAAAAGGAGGAUGACAAGCGGUGGGCUGCCUCUCAUCGGAAGAGGACCAGCAUCGGCAUCAGCGACCCGCCAUUUUCCGAUCGGGAUUUCCAGCCACUGGCGAGCGAAGCCUUUGGUAUCGGCUCGUCAUCGACAUCGCCUCCUCAGUCAUCAUCGAACUUCGGGGCGCUCACAUCGCCCUCGACCAGUCCCCCCGGGGCUCGCACCGUGUGGGGGACCGCCGCGGUGGCACAGUCCCAGCCGGCCGAUUUGCAAUCCGGAACCGCUCCUCGCGACGGGUGGCUCGAGGGAUGGGAAGAGGAAUUGUUUGCCCAGCAGGAGCGCGAGAUCAUGGCUCAGACGGCUCCGGCUCCCGAAACCGGAGGCAGCAAUCCUCCGCCAUCGUCUGCGUCGGGCGGCAAGAAGAAGAAGGGCAAGAAGAUUACGCUGAUGUCGACCAACAUCCAGCGAGGGGCCUGAGCGUUCUCCACGCCCUUCGUUUUCUUUUUACUAAUGGUCUAGAGGCCGCCGACCGAUUGCGUGUAAUUAUGGAUUCUUUUGGAGUGUGAAUGGGCUGUACUUUCUGGGAGACGCAUGACCGGAGUUCGCUGCUUGAUGCAUUUUGCCGAAAUUAUAUACAUACAUCCACAUAUUUAGUAUUAACGAUGAGUCUCGAAUGAAUAGAUUUUUUUUUUCUGCAG